AUGGGAAACUCUUCUGACCCUUCAAUCGUAGACCGUUACCGAAGCUGGGCGAGAGAUCACGUCCACCGACAGUCUACCCAUUCCGAACACAGCGCCGGCGGCAACAUAGCACGUGUCGCCAGCCAACCUUCACCCAACCCCACCGAAACUGGCGGGCUAGACGAGAAGAAAGGGGGGUAUGGCCAUUCGCCCCCAACCCCGCCUGCUCCAUCCCAAGAUGGCGGACAGCAAGGCCUUUGCAGCGUGGACGGCGGCACGGCAGGUCACGGCAGUGCGAGCAGCACCCUCGCGGCCGCCAACGAUGAAGACGCCCUCGAACGCGAUGCUCCCCCUGCAGCUCCACCUCCGAAUAAGUCCGAGGCUGCGGGCAAUGGAGAUCCCGCCAUAGUCUCUGCCACUCAAAAAGCCUCAGCUAAGAAACCUCUUGGACCACGCAUGCGUGCUGGAUGCCGCCGUUUCGUUUCCCACUUGAAGCAUGCCCUUUGCUACAGCUGGGUGAACGUGCUGCUGGUCUUCGUCCCCAUCGGUAUCAUUGUCGACUGCCUCCAUUUGAGUCCGGGUGUCGUCUUCGCAAUGAACGCGAUUGCCAUCGUUCCCCUGGCCGGCCUGCUGUCCUUCGCCACCGAAGCCGUGGCCUCACGACUUGGCGACACCCUCGGUGCAUUGCUCAACGUCUCCUUCGGCAACGCCGUCGAGCUCAUCAUCUUCAUCAUUGCCCUCGUGCACAAUGAAAUCGAAAUCGUCCAGGCGUCCCUGCUCGGCUCCAUCCUGUCAAACCUGCUGCUCAUCCUCGGCAUGGCCUUCGUACUUGGCGGCCUUCGCUAUCGGGAGCAGAUCUACAAUAGCACCGUCACUCAAAUGAGUGCAUGCCUACUCAGCCUUAGUGUAAUCAGCUUGUUGCUUCCGACCGCCUUCUACGCCUCCUUCAACGCUCUCAGCUCCGAUCUGGCAGACAGGCAGGUGUUGAAAGUCAGUCGUGGCACGAGUGUGGUCUUGUUGAUCGUCUACGUCCUCUACUUGCUGUUCCAGCUUAAGUCGCACGCCUACAUGUACGAGAGUACUCCGCAACAAGUCAUUGACGAAGAGUCGCACCCGGGCGUGCUGGCGGACAUUAUGAAUUCGUCUUCAUCGUCAGACUCCUCAAGUAGCUCGGACGACGACGACUCGGAUACAUCGGGCUCUGGCUCGGUCAUCGCCGCUGGUAGGAAAAUCAGGAGGGCGUUCAAGAAUCGACGUCGCCGGAAAUCCAGCAUGAGCGUCGGCAGUACAACCCACUCUCUCAGCUCGCCAUCUACCCAGGAGCACCAAGGCAGUCAUUGGGAACUGUCCAUCGCUGGCAAUCCCGCCCCUCGUCGCCCAACGCAGCUCGUUGGCCUGCCCAACGACACGGAUGCCGAUGCCGAUCACGAAGGCGACGCAGAGGCCCAGCCACGGAUCCGGGAUUUUGGAGGCAUCAACACUCGAAGUCAAGGUAGCUCCGCAUCGCCCGAUCGAAAAGAACUUCGGAAGAUGAAGAAGGCUUCGAAGCGGAUGAACAAGAAGCAUGGCAACCAGAAGACCGCUCAUGCAAGUCCGGUUGGGCUUGGUGGUGGGGUGGUGCAAAGUCCAGUUCGAGAGCCACCAAAAUCGGUCGGUUUUGCCGAAUACACCGAAACAAUCGAGCCCGGCGGCCUUGCGACCACGCAGAGCGGAUCGUCGUUUAACAUGCGACAUCUCUCCUCACGCGUGCGGCCCGGCCUUCCCAAGCUCCUUUCGAACAACGUGUUUGUCACCCCGCCACCAGGGCCUGCAACUCCCACCAAUCGCCCGUUGGCCGCUGUCCGCUCUCAUUCGAGUGGGACAAAUCUUCGCCGGAUCAGCUCUUUGCCCGAUCGACUGAACAAAGAAGAGUCCAACCAGGCGUUUCGCAAUUCCCAACCGUCUUGGACCGAGCCGUUACCGCCAUUCCAGCACCAGCGAUUCCAACACGUCGUGCCGGAAGCUAUUGACGAAUCUGACAACAACGAUGCCGAGCGGGAGCAUGUGUAUAUGUCGCGCACCGCCGCCGUGGUCCUCUUACUGUGCACCACAGCACUGGUGGCAGUUUGCGCCGAAUUCAUGGUCUCUGUCAUCCCGGACAUGAUUGCAUCGUCUCCCAAUAUCAGCCAGGUAUUUGUUGGUCUCAUCCUUCUGCCCAUCGUCAGCAACGCCGCCGAGCAUGUCACGGCUGUGACGGUGGCCAUGAAGAACAAGAUGGAUCUCGCGAUCGCCGUGGCGGUGGGCUCCAGCAUUCAAAUCGCACUCUUCGUCACGCCCAUCGUUGUCCUGUUGGGCUGGAUCCUUGACACGAACAUGAGCCUGUACUUUAACCUUUUCGAGACGAUCAGCCUGUUUCUGACGGCUUUCGUGGUCAACUUCCUUGUCCUGGACGGGCGAAGCAAUUACCUUGAAGGCAGUCUGUUGAUUGCGGCGUAUGUCAUCAUUGCCUUGGGCGCGUUCUUCUAUCCCUCGGCGAAGGAUCAGAGUCAGAUAGGUGGUGGAGCUUAG